CUUUUUCUGCUUUAGUUGUUACAUUUUCCUAACUAUGAUUAUAUGACUUUUGUAAAAAAAAACUAUGAUUAUAUGACUUGCAUCAAAAAAGAAAAACUAUGAUUAUAUGACGGUGUUAAAAAAAAAAGAGAGAGAAGGCAAUAGACAUAUGACAAAACAUAUGUGAUUUGCAGAAUCUUUAUGGAUUUGUUGUUGAUUCAUUUUAAAAAUACCAGGUGCAUCUCAGUUACAAUGAAUAAAAUUGGGAUAUAAAUUUUGCAGUAAAAAGUUGAUACCUUUGAACUAAAAUUGAUAUAUCAUUUCAACUUUUAUCAAUAACACACUAUACGCUAGUGUAUUUUAAAGGUAACAUUGGAAUGUUGGACUAGAAUUGAACAUGUUGAUUUGUCGUGUGUUCAGGGGUGGUCCUGAGCACAACAAAUUGAAACAUCGGCUUAAGGCUCCCAAACUUUUUAAAUAAUUUUACAUAGAAUUAGGAUUCCGAAUUUGUAAAAAAAAAUUUUUUUAAAACCUUCACUAAAUCGUUUUAGGCCUCCAACAUUUCAGGGACGCCCCUACCCGUGUUUUUACAUUGGGGUUAGAGUUGGACUCUGGUCCAGUUAAAACCUGGUCACUAAGGCUUUACUGGUCGGGCUGGCUCGUCCAAAGGUUAGUCCAGCAAUUUAAGUUAGUUAUAGAAACAGACCAGAUACAAGCCCUUGGCUCCAGUUCAAUACUGACCUGACCCUACCGGCUACCGGAUCACCUAUAAAUAGUUAACCAAAGAGGUUAAAAGGGUCUUACUCAAUGGUUUUCCGAUCCAAACCAGAAUCAGCUGACUACGUUAAUUUAUGGUGAAAUGGGCACUCGGACUAAUCUGAAUUUGGAAUGAGUAUAUUCUCUAGAUAUAUACGUACGAGGUUGGUAUCAUGGAGUUAACGAUAAUUCAUUAUUUUAUUUUGCAUUCACAUACACAUGCUAUGGACUAUGGUAACGCGUAUAAAAGACUGAACUAGGGAAGAACUGCAAGAAGAAAUUAAAAAAAUCAAUAAUAUAGAAUACCAACCACAUAAAAUAAUUCUUAAUUGUCCCCAAAACAUGAUCGUAAUUUGAAUAUUUUAACCUUUGAUCGUUUUUCAGUCAAAUACACGCCAAAACAUGCUGAACUCUCUCCAUGCACACUAUAAGUACGCCUACACAUACUUUUUAUCUCUUAACACUUCCACGAACUUCUCUCUCUAUCCUUUACAUUUUCUUCCAAUAAUGGCGGCUAAGUCCUUGUUUCAAAGCCCUAAUCCGAAACAUGUUCCAUUUCUAAAAUCAGACCAAACUCUUGUUCUUCCUCAUGUUGUCUCUCUCCCCAAUUCCAAAACCACCGCCAAAAGACUCGUAGUUUCGUCUUCUUCCUCUUCCUCUUCUUCUGCUGUAUUAGCACCACAUAUUCUUACUUCUCCUGUUGCUUCUCCUCUUGUAUCUCGUGCUCAGGCACCGUUAGCUAGGGUUUGGAGAGAGAUACAAGGGUGUAACAACUGGAAAGAUCUCAUCGAACCUACUUUAAACCCUCUUCUCCAACAAGAGAUCACUCGCUACGGCAACUUAGUCUCAACAUGUUACAAAGCCUUCGACCUAAACCCUAAUUCAAAACGUUACUUGAACUGCAAGUAUGGCAAACAAACCCUACUUCAAGAAACCGGAGUCGACCAGGCUGAGGAGUACCAAGUCACCAAAUACAUCUACGCCACGCCGGAUAUCAACAUCAGCAUCAGUCCGAUCCAGAACGAGGCCAAUAGGGGCGCACGUUGGGUAGGUUACGUCGCAGUUUCAUCUGAUGAAUCGGUAAAACGUUUAGGGAGGAGAGACAUUGUGGUGACGUUUCGUGGAACGGUAACUAAUCCUGAAUGGGUCACGAACUUCAUGAGCUCUUUGGCUCCGGCUAGGUUCGAUCCUCAUAAUGCACGUCCCGAGGUGAAGGUGGAAUCAGGGUUCUUGAGUUUAUACACAUCUGAUGAGAGUGAGAGCAAGUUCGGACUAGAGAGCUGCAGACAGCAGCUUCUGUCCGAGAUAUCGAGAUUGGUGAAUAAGUAUAAAGGAGAAGAUAUGAGUAUAACACUCGCUGGACAUAGCAUGGGAAGCUCAUUGGCUCAUCUUCUUGCUUACGACAUUGCGGAGCUAGGUUUAAACCGGAGGAUGGGCGAGAGGGAUGUUCCCAUAACGGUCUUCUCUUUCGCAGGUCCUAGGGUUGGUAACUUGGGGUUCAAGAAACGUUGUGAGGAGCUGGGAGUUAAGGUUUUGAGGAUCACUAACGUUAACGAUCCGAUCACUAAACUUCCAGGCGUUUUAUUCAAUGAGAAUUUUAGGGUUUUAGGUGGGUUUUAUGAGCUUCCAUGGAGUUGUUCAUGUUAUGCUCAUGUUGGGGUCCAACUCACACUAGAUUUCUUUGAUGUUCAAAACAUUUCUUGCGUUCACGAUCUAGGGACUUAUAUCGAUCUUCUCAACCGGAGAAGAAUAAACUCGAGGUCAGCCGAUUCUGAUAAAGAAAAGGAUAAUGACAAUUUUUCCUUGGAGUUUUUGAAGAGAAAGGGUGAGAAUAUGAUGUUCUUGAAGGGACAACGAAGGGUGCAUUGGACCAACGUCGUGGAUUUACUUUCUUCUGUCUCUGAUCAUAUGUUGUAUUGUAAUAUUUUCUAGCCCUAGAGUGAUCCAAGAUAGGUUUAGGGUCUUUUAGAUGGAACAAAUACUUAUAAGUUUAUAUAUAAUGUAUAAAUUGCGGAUAAUCACAACAAUUUCCUUAGAUCACAAGAAAGUGGAGAUUGUAAUUUAACAUUUUACCAAAAAAAAAAAAAAUAUUGAGAUUGUAUAUUUUUAUUUUUUUUUGUGUCUGCAUUUAUUUCUAUUGUAUAUGAUUAAAUUAUAGUGUAUACCUUUAAAACAUUAUAAAUUGGUUUAAUUAUCAGUCAUCUUUUCAACGCUGUAAACGAAAUAAAGACAACAAUGUUUGACAAAUGCGCUUCACUAUAUAGAUAAAAAGACAUACGAUAAUAUAUUACAAAAAACAAACAAAUUGUUCACGCAUUACAAAUUUACUACCAAAAGUAUUUAGAGCUAGAAUCUUUUUAGUUU